GGAAUCUUACGAUUAAAGGAUGUAACCAUCCUCGAGGAGCGAACUUUUCCACAAGAAGCGCGAGGCAACCGGACAGGAAGAAAAAAACUAACAAUGGCAUGGUACCACGUCUGUGUUGUGUUUUGUGCGCUGUCAGUCUUCAGCAUAAGUACAGCGUUAAAACCACGCCCACCGUCUGUGUCGUCGCUGACUAGCCAGGACUUUUUUAACGAUUAUAUCGCAGCUGAAUGUGUUGUGACGGGAUAUCCACUUCCAAGUAUCACCUGGGUAAAAGAUGGCGAAGUUCUGAACAUUACUGAAAGGAUCGCGUUAAAACAGGGGCAUAUCAACAUCACAAGGGUCACGGUGGCGGAUGAAGGAACGUACUAUUGUGUGGCUACUAACACUUACGGAGUUUCCCGAUCUUCCCCGAAAACUCUGACUAAGUCAGACUUGUUCAGAUUCCCGACGGAAAUGCCGGAGGAGGUGAUGGGGUACGCCGGUGAGAAUCAUUCCCUUCCCUGCCGUAGUCGACCUGACAGCAAGCCACGUCCUGCCCUCAAGGACUUUAACUGGUACCUUGGUAAGAGUGAAAUUCCGCAUAGCCGGCGAAUUACCGUGGACCAGUUAGGUAAUCUUCACUUUUUACCGCUCACUGUGAAUGACUCGGCGAAGGACAACGCCACGUACAACUGCUCCGUGUUUAACGCUGAGAGUCGAGCCCGAGUGUACGGCAGCCCUACUAAGCUGACAGUGAAAUCAGGCGAAAAGCCGCAGCCGCGUUCGCCACGUCUUGUGUAUUACACUGAAAACACUACGCUUAAUGCCGGGGACUGGCUAGAGCUUCAGUGCAUUGUGGAUGGCCUCCCUCAACCGGAAGUGACGUGGAUUCCCCCUGGUGGCAGCCUCAGUAACAGACAUAAGGUGGACAGGUCGCUGUACUCAUUGUCAGUGCGGAAGGUCAAAAAAACUGACGAGGGAAUAUACGCCUGUAAGGCGAAGAAUUCCGGGGGUGAGGUCAAGCAGACGAUUCAGGUGACCGUCACUGAGGAGCUGAUUUCACAUAUCGAUCCAAUGAUGAUGGUACUGCCGGAGGGGAGCACUCAGGAGUUCCAGUGUGUUGUGAACGAGGCUGAUGCCGACAUUGCAUGGUUCAUUAAUGACAAACCCGUCGGAGAGGACAAAAGAAUCAACGAGUCCAGGGACACACUAGUUGUGAAUAACGUCCAGAAACCAAGAGACACCUUCAGUAUACAGUGUCACGUGACAAAAGACAAUAGGACGCAUGUCAGCGACGCCACCUUAACGGUGAUUGAGCCCAUUCAAAUCAACGCAUCAGACAGUCACGUGGACAUAGUCCCUGGGGGGAAAGGUCAUCUCAACGUCAGUGCCACUGUUGACCCAGAUUACAAAGAUGACCUGAAAUACAUUUGGCACCACGCAAACUUCGAGCUAAAGACAUCCAACCUUGACGUCGGGAUCCAGGUUUAUCCACAGGACGGAUUUAGUCACCUGACUAUCGACACGAGCUACCUCAAAGCCAGUGAGUUUUCGAACAUCAUGGGAGAGUACGUCUGCGAAGUGACUGUAGGCGUUCCCCAGACAACCAGGCGACUCAAAUUCACUGUGACGUCAAAGAAAGCUGGAUAUACUCUGCACAGGGAGCCCGCCUCUGCCAGAAUGCCUUACUGGUGGUUAGGACUUGUGGGUGCCAUACUUUUAGUCAUCGUCCUCACUCUGGUGAUUAUAUACAUGGAGAUCAGGAACGAGGGAGGCGUGUAUCUAGUGGACAAAUGGGAGCGCCAGGCCGGACACGAUCCUGUGAAAGAGUUAGCCGAAGAAAACAAGAUGCAGGAACUAAACCGCUCGGAUGAAAACGAUGACAUCAACGACUACCAAGAGUAAUAAAUCUGCCCAAAAGGUCCACGUUACCACGACAUAUAUCGUUUAUGUGUCGCAAAAAUGAUACAUAUAAAAUCUGUUGAGUCCACCAACGUCUAAGGGACUAGGUUUCACACAGAAACAGAUGUCGUCAGUUUGCAGUCGAAACACGCACUUGUCCACAUUUGAUCUCCUCUCACUUCGCAAGUCGCUGUUUGCGUCAGAGAUACAUUCCAUUGUUCCUUUGUCUUCUCCACUAUGUGUGACCAAGGGGAGGUGCAUUGCGCUGGUGUGCUAACCACCUCGGAGGCCCCUUAACGAAAUGGAUAGUUGUCAUAUCAAAACGUUUCUUCUGACCUUAUGUCAUGAUUUUUUUCUACUAAUUCACAUGUUUUAAUGUUUAUUGUACUUUUUUCGUUGCAAGCCGUGAAUCCACAUAAAACUCCGGGGAGUUUUUGUUGUUUCUUUUUUAUAUAAGUCUCUUAAAAAUGAUUCUACUUGAUUUAUUUUUCUUAAAAUUUAACGAAUAAAAAGAAAUUAGGAAAAUGAAAA